UCAGGUUUCCGUGGUAAGAAUUGUGAAGAAGAUAUAGAUUAUUGUAUUAACAACACCUGUAACAAUGGUUCUACAUGUAUUGAUGGUAUUAAGUCCUAUACUUGUAAAUGUCCACCCACCAUGACAGGAGACCUGUGUCAAAUAGAUGUAGAUGAAUGUGAAACGACUCCGUUUAUCUGUCAGAACGGAGGAACUUGUAUGAAUCAUAAUGAUGGGUUUAUGUGUAUCUGUGUUAAUGGAUGGACUGGUUCUGACUGCAGUGAGAAUAUUGACGAUUGUAAAAACAACCCGUGUUUUAAUGGAGGAAACUGUGAGGAUCGAGUCGGAUAUUUUUAUUGUAAAUGUCCUCGUGGAAAAACUGGAAUGAGAUGUCAUUUGGAUGAUGCAUGCGAGAGUAAUCCAUGUAACGCUGGAGCGUCAUGUGAGACUUCGCCAAUAGAUGGCAGCCCUAUCUGUACGUGUAAACGAGGGUGGACAGGUGACACGUGUUCACGAGAUGUAGAUGAGUGUACUGAAAGUGCCGACACACCUUGUGAACAUGGUGGAACCUGUAUCAAUACGCCAGGAAGUUAUAAAUGUGAUUGUGCAGUCGGGUUCACGGGGCCAUGGUGCGAGGUUAACAUCAACGAAUGUAGUUCAAACCCUUGCAUCAACGACGGAACGUGUCUGGAUGAAAAAGGAGCCUACAGAUGUCUCUGUAUGCCAGGUUUUACCGGUCGCAAUUGUGAAGUAGAAUAUGAUGAAUGUGGCAGUAAUCCAUGUAUUAAUGGGGGAGUCUGUCAAGAUCUAGUCAAUAAAUUUAAAUGUACCUGCCCUGCCGGUUUUGAAGGUCCAACGUGUGCUGUCAAUAUUGAUGAGUGUGAAACAUUCCCCUGUCUCAAUGGAGGUACUUGUAACGAUCAAAUCAACACUUAUACCUGUACUUGUAAAACUGGUUACAGUGGCGUCCAUUGUCAAGAAAAUGUUGAUAACUGUCGUAAGGUAGAUUGUGGACAUGGUACAUGUGUUGACGGUCUGGAUACCUAUACAUGUAGUUGUCUUCCUGGAUAUACAGGACUACUGUGUCAAUACGAUAUCGAUGAAUGUUCCAGCAACCCCUGUAAGUUCGGAGGAACUUGUUCUAAUUUAGAUAACAGUUACGAAUGUCGAUGUCCUUACGGAACUUCAGGUCAAAAUUGUGAGAAGAACUAUAACGAAUGUGUUAGUAACCCUUGUCAUAACGGAGCUACGUGUAUUGAUGGUAUUAAUAGAUAUAAUUGUAAAUGUAAACCAGGUUACGAAGGAACCCAUUGUGAGCUGGACAUCGAUGACUGCGCCUCGCAACCUUGUCAUAAUGGCGGCAAAUGUACGGAUCUGAUCAACAAAUUUAAAUGUGAAUGUCCUGCUGGUUACUAUGACGCAGAGUGCCGAUCCAACGUCAACGAAUGCGGCAGUAAUCCGUGUAUGAAUUAUGGGACUUGUGUCGAUGGUGUUAACAAGUUCGAGUGCCUCUGUCUGGAUGGUUAUGGAGGUCAUCGAUGUCAAAAUGAUAUCAACGACUGCGUAUCUAAUCCUUGCCAACAUGGCGGUACCUGCAAUGACCAUCUUAAUAGCUAUUCUUGUGAUUGUAAACCAGGCUUUGAAGGCAAGAACUGUGACAAGAACAUCAAUGAAUGUGCCAGUAAUCCUUGUGUUCACGGUGAAUGUGUAGAUUUAGCCAAUGAAUACCAUUGUAACUGUAAUCCGCCAUACUCUGGCAAGAAUUGUGAACAGGAGUUGAACCCGUGUCACCCUUCUCCAUGUCAGAACCACGCCCAGUGUGUCCCGACCAAUAAUUAUAAAGAUUUUGAAUGUCGGUGUCCAACUGGUUUUACAGGGAAACUGUGUAACCAAGAUGUUGAUGAAUGCGCCUCUGGUUCUCCCUGUCGUAACGGAGCUCAAUGUGUCAAUAAAAACGGCUCGUUUAAAUGUAUCUGUCUCCGUGGUUAUGAAGGAAAGCGUUGUGAAGUCAACCAUGAUGACUGCGCUCCAAACCCUUGUAUCAAUGGUGGAACAUGUGUCGAUGAAAUCGGUGGGUACUCCUGUCGAUGUGUGGACGGGUUCGGAGGUCAACAUUGUCAAAAUGAUAUAGACGAAUGUGCUUCGAAUCCAUGUAUGCAUGGCAGCACGUGUACAGACUACGUUAAUUCCUAUACGUGUACGUGUCGUCUGGGUUUCAGUGGAGUCCAUUGUGAAGUCAAUGACAACGAUUGUACCAAGAGUUCGUGUUUAAACGAUGGUAAAUGUAUAGAUGGAGUGAAUAACUUUACGUGUCAAUGUAAAGGCGGGUUCACGGGGUCAAUCUGUCAAACUCGUAUUAACCCGUGUGAUACCAAUCCUUGUAUGAACGCUGGCACCUGUUUCAAUCACAAUGGAAAUUAUUAUUGUAACUGUCCGUAUGGUUUCCAAGGUACCCAUUGUGAGAGAGUACAAGAUUGGUGUAAGAACAAUCCGUGUCAAAACUCGGGCACCUGUGAACAAUUCGCCAAUAAUUUCCGCUGUACCUGUACAUCUGAUUGGACAGGAGAGAAAUGUGACAUCAGACGUGUGCCCUGUAACUCUGCAGCUGCUUUGAAAGGCGUAGAUGUCUCAAAACUGUGUAGAAAUGGUGGAAUUUGUAAAAACCUGGGCGGCACAACUCACGAAUGUAUCUGUCAAGCUGGGUACGAGGGAAGUUAUUGUGAGCGGGAAAUCAACGAAUGUGCAUCUGCUCCAUGUAAGAAUGGCGCCACCUGUAAGGAUCUUGUCAAUCAUUAUACGUGUCAGUGCAUGACAGGAUUCCAGGGACAGAAUUGUGAAUAUAAUAUUGACGACUGCGCCAAUCAACCUUGUGCCAAUAAUGGCGUCUGCCAUGAUUUGGUUGACGAUUUCAAGUGUUCUUGUCCGGCUGGUACUUUGGGGUUACUGUGUGAAAUUAAUAGUAAUGAUUGUUUUGACAACGCUUGUUACCAUGGCGGUACCUGUGUGGAUAAGAUUGGACAUUAUGAAUGUAAAUGUCCACCAGGGUUCGCUGGUCCACGUUGCGAAGGUGACGUUAAUGAAUGUAGUUCGAACCCAUGUAGUGCCCUUGGUACCCAAGAUUGUGUACAGUUGGAUAAUGAUUAUAGAUGUCAGUGCAAAGCUGGCUUUAGUGGUCGUCUUUGUGAGAAUCGUAUCCAAUGUUCGGAGGCUCCGUGUAAAAAUGGUGGAACGUGUACCAACACUGACAGUGGUCCUAAAUGUUCAUGUCUGAAGGGUUAUUCAGGAGACUAUUGUGAGUUUCAGUCAGCUGAUUGUGACAGCUCUCCAUGUCAAAACGACGGAACAUGUCGACCCACUCAAGAUGGCUAUUUCUGUCUGUGCCCGGCGGGUGCUUCUGGAAUUAAUUGUGAAAUUGACGAAAUGGAUGAAUGUUUGUCUUCACCGUGUAAAAAUGACGGCACGUGUCACGAUAAAAUUGGAUAUUAUGAAUGUUACUGUCCAAGAUAUUAUACCGGUAUUCACUGUCAAAAUUAUGAUGUCAACGCCGUUCCUGGUAUAGGACGUCCUGUCACUAUGAAACCAUCCCUUAAUCUGAACCCUGAUAAGGAGCUAUGUGAACAGUAUGGAUGUGAGGCGAAGGCUAACAAUGGAAAAUGUGACAACGAAUGCAACAUGCACGCCUGUGACUAUGACAACAAGGAAUGUUCGUAUGGAAUGAAGCCGUGGAAAGAAUGUUCAGGGAUGCGAGACGGUGUCUUCUGCUGGAAAGUUUUCAAAGAUGGAACCUGUAACCCACAAUGCAACAACGAAGAAUGUCUUUAUGAUGGGUUCGAUUGUCAGACGAAACUUAAAGAAUGUAACCCGAUUUAUGAUUCUUACUGUAAGAAAUAUUAUGGCAACGGACAUUGUGACCAAGGCUGCGAUACGGAAGAAUGCGAAUGGGAUGGUCUAGAUUGUGAUAAGUCGCCAGAACGUCUCGCUGAAGGAACGUUGGUCAUCAUCGUAUUGGUUGAACCUGAAGCUUUCCGCAACAUGUCCAAAGAGUUCCUGCGUAAAUUAGGUCAUUUGUUACGUGCCGUUGUGAGGGUGUUGAAGGAUAAGAAUGGAUCACCCAUGAUAUAUCCAUGGCAACAGAAAGAAGGUGACGAUGUUAGUGACGUUAUCAGAGUAAAACGUUGGGCUGAAACGAAGGUAUAUCUAGAAAUUGAUAAUCGUGGCUGCUAUAAAUACUCGACUGAUGAAUGUUUUGAUAAUACUGACAACGCAGCUCAGUUUGUUGCUGCGGCACUGCAACGUAAUGAUGCCGAUUUGGGAAUGCCCGUCGGAAAAAUUGAAAGUCUUGGAAAGGAACCAACGGUAGAUAGUCCAGCUAUUACGUUUGUCUACAUUGUCGUAGCCUGUGGCGCCAUCCUCUUGAUCACUCUUGUUGUGAUCAUCGUCAUCUCACGGAAACGAGAACGAGCCGUCACAUGGUUUCCAGAAGGAUUCUUUAAUAAACGAGGCUCAGAGAAAGCUGGUGUUCGAAAUCGACGAGGCCCAGACGGCGAAGAAAUGAAAGAUGUACAGAAAGGUUCCCAUCAUUCUCAGCUUGACAAAAUGGAUGAUCGUCAUGGUGACUGGGGUGAAGAUGAAGAAGAACAUCCUAAAGCCAAACGUCAAAGGAUUGAUGAACAAGGUGACUCCAGUGACCAAUCUUUAGUGAAUUUCGAGAUUCAGGAUUCGCGACAAUGGACGCAGAAACAUAUGGAAGCUGCCAACGUCACCAAUCCUUCAAUUUUGACCUUGACACCACCUCAGGGUGAUGACCCCAUUGAUACCAAAGAUAUCAACGCUAGAGGACCAGGUGGAAUGACUCCGUUGAUGUUGGCAUCACUACGUGGCAACACCUUAGAUACGAGUUGCGAUGAUGAGAGUGGGUCUGCCGAGGGUAACGAGGAAGAUAAUAGGGCAGCAGACGUCAUUAAUAAUUUGUUGUUUCAAGGAGCCUCUAUUAAUUUACAAACUGACAGAACAGGUGAAACUUCACUCCAUCUUGCUGCCCGGUAUGCUAGAGCUGAUGCUGCCAAGGUUCUCCUGGACGCUGGUGCUGAUUGUAAUGCAUUAGAUAGUACUGGACGUACACCUCUACAUACUGCUGUAGCUGCUGACGCCCAGGGCGUUUUCCAGAUUUUGCUGCGAAACCGAUCUACGAAUCUGAACGCCAAGAUGUAUGAUGGGACGACACCAUUAAUUCUUGCUGCGAGACUGGCUAUUGAAGAUAUGGUAGAAGAUUUGAUCAACGCUGAUGCAGAUAUCAACGCUUUCGAUAAUAAUGGUAAAACAGCGUUACAUUGGUCAGCUGCAGUAAAUAACGUAGAAGCUACGGAAUCGUUACUGGAACGUAACGCCAAUAGAGAUGCUCAAGACAAUAAGGAUGAGACGCCAUUAUUCCUAGCAGCUAGGGAAGGAAGUUUUGAAGCAGCGAAAGCGUUAUUGAAUCAUUAUGCAAAUCGUGAAAUAACAGACCAUCUAGAGUGUUUGCCUCGCGAAGUAGCAGAUGAACGCCAUCAUCACGAUAUCGUACAGUUGUUGGAUACGUAUAAAGUAAAUAGUCCA